GGAACGGGCGGGGGGGGACUUCACAGGCGUACUGAUAGAGGCGAUACACUGGGCUACAGCGUCGUAUGUUGAUAACACAUCUAUUAAUAAGAAAUAGGGAGGAGAUAUGGUGAGAGAAGUGUUUCAGGAUGCGGAGGGGUUUUUCAAUCAUGUGUGAGUUCAUUGGUGAGCGGCAGAAGAGGGGGAGGACAAUAGAAUGCGAGGUCCGUGCAGUAGACUAUCGGCCAGCCAGCCAGCCAGCCAGGCUAGAAUAGAUUUCUCAAGAAGAAAGCACUCUUUCCAGUUGCGGUAGCCUACAGACUGUCAACCUUGCAGGAUUUGCUUUCCAGUACACAUGGAAUACUGUGCUUAUCAAUAACGCAUCCACAACGAUACAGGCAUGGGUGAAGGGAUGCGCUGCGGCUGCGCUAUGUCGAACCUCUUGAUCUUUGUCUUUUUAGUGAGCAUGACCUGCCGUUUGAGCCUUUCCCAGACCCCUGCAGGAACCCCUGCAGAACCGCUAAAAGAGGCAGAGCUAAAUGACAACAUCACCAUCUUUACCCGGAUACUGGACAGACUGCUGGACGGCUAUGACAACAGACUGCGUCCUGGACUGGGAGAGAAGGUGACAGAGAUCAAGACCAACAUAUUUGUGACCAGCUUCGGUCCCGUUUCUGAUACUGAAAUGGAGUACACCAUAGACGUGUUCUUCAGGCAGAGCUGGAAGGAUGAGCGUCUGCGUUUCCAGGGUCCCAUGGAGAUGCUACCUCUGAACAACCUCCUGGCGUCCAACAUCUGGACGCCAGACACCUUCUUCCUCAACGGGAAGAAAUCUAUCGCCCACAACAUGACCACACCCAACAAACUGCUACGACUGAAAGAUGACGGGACACUGCUCUACACCAUGAGGUUAACCAUCUCAGCAGAAUGCCCCAUGCAGUUAGAGGACUUCCCCAUGGAUGCCCACGCCUGUCCUCUCAAGUUUGGAAGCUAUGCGUAUCCUGUGUCUGAGGUGGUUUAUACGUGGACCCAGGGAGCAGCUAAAUCGGUGGUGGUGGCAGAGGAUGGGUCACGACUCAACCAGUAUCAUCUGAUAGGACAGACCGCUGGCACUGAGGACAUCUAUACCAGCAGAGGUCAGUACACAGUGAUGAUGUGUCACUUCUAUCUGAAGAGGAAGAUCGGCUACUUCGUCAUCCAGACCUACAUGCCCUGCUUCAUGACCGUCAUCCUCUCCCAGGUGUCCUUCUGGCUCAACCGCGAGUCUGUCCCCGCCAGGACUGUCUUCGGUCAGUAGUGCGACAACAAAAUAUGAUAUUGUAUCUCUGAGUCUGUACCUGCCAGGACCGUCUUUAGUCAAAUCAAAUCAAAUCAAAUUGUAUUGGUACACAU